AAUAUGUGAUCUUAUUAUUUAAUUUUAAAUCCAGGUCUUUAGGCUAUAAUUUCUAUAUCUAUAUAUAAUUUAUGAAAAAUUCGAGACAAAAGUAUACAGUGUAAAUUUCUUGAAAUAUUUUUUACAUUACACAAUAUGUAAGAUUACAAGUGAAAAUUCGCGAAUUACGAGUCAGCUGAAACAGCAUUUUUGACGUAAAAAACGUUCGACUACAUUUAUGACAUAUUGACAGGUAUGACAUUUGAUAGUUUCGGAGGCGGCCGCUACGCGGCGCCACCGACGCCUGGCGCGCGUUCCGCGCCAAACUUCAGCUCCUCGACCAACGUCAUGUCAGUCGAAUGCUGUCGUUCGAGCAGCGUAUUCGUAAUUACGGGGAGCCUCUUCUCGCAUCGCGCGCGCGUUCACCCUUCUUCCUUCACGUUCGUUCUUUCCAUGUCUCUCUCUCCACGACGCGGACAUGACGCGCGAAACGUAGCCGCUUUCGUCCGGUCAGACAGAGUCACGAAUAUUCGGACUCUUCUCCCUCGUUUGUCGCGCCAAGUACUCGCACCUCGCCGCUCUCUCCCGACACACACGCGACACAUACACACACGACAGACGUAUCUCACUCUCCUUCUCUCUCCCGUUCCUCAUCCCUUUCCUCCCGGCGGGGCGAGCCGAAAACUCGUUAUGCUCCGGGAAUAUCCUCGCCCGCCUCGAACCGGUAAUAUCUCGUGAUUUGCGAGAGUGUGCUCGAGAUUUUUCGCGAUUUCGGGCGCCCGGUCAGCCUCCGUUCAUUCGUCGCGACGUGCUGCGAGAAAACGUCGAGGGAGGAGAGAGAAAAACGCCGUCCCGACGAAGAUGCGCGAAUCCGCGCCGCGUCGUCGUUCCUCGUUGUGACUCGGCGAGCGGAAUUCCGUGCGACGACGGAUCCUCCACGAGGAAUCGUCCCUGAUGCACCGGCUCGCUGUUCGACCAGAGACGACGACGCAGGAAGAGACGGAGGUGGAGAGAGCAUUUCGGGAGGAUGCGCGGUUGAGGGGAUCGCUCUGGGUGCGAUAGAGCCACGGAUCAUCGACCUCCAGGAGAUCAUGAGCACAUCCUGAUUGCCGUGGUCCGCGAAAGGAUGGACGACAUUGACAGGUCGACAUCGGCGAGAAUCGCGAAUCCGGCACUGACAGCUUAACGUCAAAGUGAGGAAAAGAAACCGAAUUAACAUCCCCGUUAUAAACAUAAGGAAGGAAAAAUUUCGAUCCCGAGGAAUAAUUUCUUCUCUGAGAAAGAGAGCGACAAGAAAGAGAGAAUCAUUCCUUCCUUCCGGCUCUUCUCGCAUCCCUUUUCACCGCGAUCGGACCCAGAGGAGAUGAGCAUCAUAGCUAUCGCCCGCAGGAACUGGGCUCUGCGCCUGUCGGUGGUGCUCAACGUGUGUGUGCUGCUGUACGUGUGCGCUCACAUCGGUUCGUCCGGACCCUGGAUCGAGGAACCGCCGACCAAUUGGGCGGCGGCCCCGGAGACCUAUGAUCUCUCGAACGGCACUCAGAAGGGUGCCCCCACAUCCUUGUUGUCCCCGUUGGUCGCGAUCGCCGUCAAGGAUGUGGCGAACAACAACAACAAUGGUGGCCGUACGCUUAGGCUCGUCACCACGACGCCACCUCCCAACGGGGCCAAGGCCGAGGCUCUCGAUAAGUCGCGGGAGCACCCGCGUAAUCAGACGGCGAGGAACAGCACGGUGAACGUCGCGCGGGAGCCGAUGAGCCUGAAGGAGGCUAUAGCCUGCAAUGAGAAGUCGACGGAGCCUAGGCGAGCGCAGCGCGGUGAUUACUGGGUGCUGUACAAUUACGUGCCGAUGAGCAUGGCAGUGAGAUGCUGGGAGAGCGUGACAUACACGACGCACGCCGACUACACCUUCCUGGAUAAUCUGGAGCCGCUGCUGGAGCGCUGGCGGGCGCCGAUAUCGAUCGCCAUGCACGCACCCGGCACCGACUUUCCGGCGACCCUCAACGCCAUCAGGUACUCGAGAAACUGCGGCAGUCCGUUGGUCUCACAGCUGGUGACCUUUCACGUCUUCUUCAGUAGCAAGCACGUGCCAAAAAUGGUCCCACCGUCAGAGAAGAUUAUUUCCGACACGUAUAACUGUUCGCUCGGACCGCCAUGGGUGAACAUCAGCCUCGCAAAGAUGUACAAAAACGAGAAGAAGCUGCUGUACCCAGUGAACGUGGGUCGCAACAUUGCCCGCGAGUCUUCGCCCACUUUCUACGUAUUUCCCAGCGACAUUGAGCUGUACCCCAGCCCGAAUCUGCCCACCACGUUUCUAGAAAUGAUCCGCAGGAGGGAUCAACCUGCCCUUCACAAGCCUAAUCCUAAGGUCUUUGUGCUGUCGAUCUUCGAGGUGGACGAGAAGAGUCAGCCACCCAACAACAAGACGCAUCUGGUACAGAUGCUGAAAGCGGGCACCGCCAUACCAUUUCAUAAGAAAUUAUGUUCCGGCUGCCAUAAUGUGCCCAAGAGUAAGGAGUGGCAGGAAGCACCAGAGACAGAGGAUCUGCAUGUCUUCCACGUAGAGAGAACUGGCAGCUUCGUUCACUGGGAGCCGAUUUUUAUCGGGACCAAUAAUGAUCCUCUUUAUGACGAAAGACUUAGUUGGGAGGGAAAGAGUGAUAAGAUGACGCAGGGCUACGCACUCUGCGUUCUCGAUUACGAUUUUCUUAUCCUGGAUAACGCUUUCUUGGUGCACCGGCCUGGCAUCAAAAUCUUUAAGAAGGAUUCGCAUCGCGACAUGCUUACUGCGAAGACGAAUGCGCUCAUCAAGAAGAUCAUCAUGCCGGAGCUGAAGGUGCUGUACGGUACGAGGAAGGGUUGCGCCGUGUAGCCCGUGGAGUUGCCGGCAUGACGGCACGUGCUCUACGGGUGUUCGUCCGUACAACGAAACUUAAGAACUUCUCUGUCAUUUGCAUCGUCAAGCUUCGUCGCACGACGGAUUCGCAACGAUCCAAUGCUGCGAUUCGUUCACGGACCCCGGGAGCGUGUUCACGUGCGUUCUGUGCGGCCCCUUCGUAAGCGAGGCUCACUAAGGAGCAUUCGCUGCGCAGGAUAGAGGGUCUCUCUUUUUCCCGAAUUAUGCCAACUCUACGGUGCCGAACAAGCGAACGAAUUAUUACAUAAAUAUUUGGUGAGUUUAUAAAGCAACCAACGGGGCAUGAUAUGUCGUGUCUCCGCGAUAAACGUGUGUCACAUCGCCAUUAUUGUUAUCAUCUUCGUCGUCAGUGUCGACAUUAACGUCGCGAUUUUCAACGGUAAUUCUUCAGCUUUUGUAAUAAAGGAACCUAGCAUAUAAAGGAA